AUGUUUCCAUUUUUUCUUCUUUGGUGGGUUAAUUUAACAGUUGUAGCCAUUGGAAGAACUUUUACUACGAUGAAAGACCAUCAAAUAAAUGGAAACAAAGAAAUGGUGACCCUAGGAGUAAUGAAUGUUGUUGGUUCAAUGACUUCUUGCUAUGUGGCCACAGGUUCGUUUUCUCGAUCAACAGUAAAUUUUUUGACUGGCUGUGAAAUUGCUAUCUCUAAUAUUGUUAUGUCCUGUGUUGUAUUUCUAACCUUAGAAUUCUUAACACUUGUUUUCAAGUACGCCCUAAAUGCUGUUCUUGCUGCCAUCAUUAUAUCUACUGUGAUUGGUUUCUUCGAUGUUAAGGCAGCAAUUUUGAUAUGGAAGAUUGACAAAUUGGAUUUUUUUGCAUGCUUCGGAGCCUUUCUUAGAGUAGUCUUUUCAUUAAUUGAGAUAGGCCUCCUAAAAAUUGCUAUAAGAACUUAGAUGUCCACUACCUAAAAUUCUUGAAGAUGAAUUACACUCUAUUAUAUGUUUUACUUAGUUCUUUUGUCACUGAAUUCCAUGGGAGGUCUCAAUAUCCUUUGCUAAAAUCCUCUUACAAGUUGCUACGCCACGAACUACUAUUCUUGGGAAGCUUCCUAGGAUUUUACAUUGCGAAGUGCAGGUUUUUUUUUUUUUUUAAUUUUUAAUUUUUUAUCUAUACAAUUAAAGUAUUUGACGGGGGAAAACACUCUUUUUAAGAGUAACUCAUCAAAUCAGUUGCUCAUUGAUA